AUGGCUGAAUUGGUUGGUGUUUCUUAUUACAGGACAAAACUUUGUAAUUUGUUAUUCACUGAAGAUAUUUAAGGAAAAUUAGAAAAAGUAGGUGCUAAGGUAGUUGAAGUUCAUCCUGAUACAGUUAGAAGUAAUUUAAUCGAUGACAUUAUUGAUGAUAGUAAGUUUUAUAAACUUGAAUUUUACCUUAUAUAUCCUAUAUACUGGCUCUUUACCAAAGACACAUUUUAAGAAGCUUAAACUAUACUCUAUUGUGAUUUAGAAAAGCAUGAGAGACUUAAAGAAGCUAAAUAGUUAUGGGACGGUAGUGCUGUUACUUUAGGAUUUAUUUGA